UCGGGCCGGACUGGCGCGCGGCGGUGGCAUGGCGCUCUUCCACGUUGCGCGGUACGCGGACCCGGAGGCAGCCGGGGCGGAGGCCGAGGCGGACGGCCGGGCUCGCGCGCUGCUGGAGCGGCUGCGGUGCCGGGCCCGAGAGCGGGAGCUGCAGAAGCAGCCGCCGCAGCAAGAACCCUCGGAGCCCGCGGAGGCCGCGCAGACCGCUCAGGCGGCGGGGAAGCGGCGACGGCGGCCGCGCAGAACGCGGAGGCGCAAGAGCGGCGGGGCGCCGGGGAGCCCGCACGCACCUCCCUGCAAGCGGCGGAAGGCGGACGACGAGGAUGAGGACGCGGGCGCAGGUAGGGCCUCGCGGGGCGGGGCCCUGGACUCGGGACCGCGUGGGGCUGACGCGCCGCCCCGCCCCCGUUUCUGCCGCGCAGACAGCAGCGAGGAGGCGCCGGCGGGGAACAGCGUGGGCACCGAAGCCGCGGGGUCGCCGGAGGGCCAGGGCGGGCCGCCCCCCGAAGAGGCUUCUGGUCCCCCAGCCCACGCCCUGGUGCUCGGGGGCUUCGGGAGAAGCAAGGCGCCAAAGGUCCAGCCUUUCCUGCCGGCGUGGCUGGCUGAGCCAAGCUGCGUUGGAAAGAGUGUCACCGAAGGCCUGGUGCCUAUUGAGGAUAUCCCGGAAGUCCACCCGGACCUGCGGAAGAGGCUGCGGGCUCAGGGCAUCUCGUCCUACUUUCCAGUGCAGGCAGCAGUGAUUCCCGCUCUCCUGGAGAGCGCAGCCAACGGGUUUCUGGUAAGCAGAGGCGGCUACCGGCCUAGCGACCUCUGUGUGUCUGCCCCAACGGGCAGUGGGAAGACACUGGCCUUCGUCAUCCCCGUGGUGCAGGCCCUGCUACGGCGAGCCGUGUGCCAGGUUCGGGCCCUGGUUGUGCUGCCGACCAAGGAGCUGGCCCAGCAGGUGAGCAAAGUGUUCAGCGUCUACACAGAUGCCACUCCUCUUCGGGUCGCCCUGGUCACCGGGCAGAAGUCGCUGGCCAAGGAGCGGGAGAGUCUCGUGCAGGACACAGCAGACGGCUUCCGCUGCCUGGCAGACAUCGUGGUGGCCACCCCUGGCCGCCUGGUAGACCACGUCGAGCAGACCCCAGGAUUCAGCCUCCAGCAUCUCCGCUUCCUGGUCAUCGAUGAGGCCGACCGCGUGAUAGACAGCAUGCACCAGGCCUGGCUGCCGCGGGUGGUGGCCGCGGCCUUUCCCAGUGAGGGCAGUAGGGAUCCCUUUGCUCUGCUCCAGAGAACACAGCCCCGGGCUGUGACUGCAGCCAGCGUCUGCUGCCCCCAGAUGCCACUGCAGAAACUACUCUUCUCAGCCACUCUGACCCAGAACCCCGAAAAGCUGCAGCAGCUCGGCCUCUACCGGCCCCGGCUCUUUUCCACGGGGUCGGUGCACGGGGGCCUCAGAGACCCCGACGUGGACGUGGCCGGGGACUUGGGUGGGAAGUAUACCUUCCCUGCGGGGCUCACGCAUCGCUACGUGCCCUGCAGCCUCCGUCUCAAGCCGUUGGUCGUCCUGCACCUGAUCCUGGAGAUGAAUCUCUCAAGGGUCCUGUGUUUCACCAACUCCCGUGAGAACUCCCACAGGCUCUUCCUGCUAGUCCAGGCUUUCGGGGGCGUGCGCGUGGCCGACUUCUCCUCCCGCUACGGGCCUGGCGCUAGGAAGCUGAUCUUGAAGCGCUUUCAGCAGGGGAAGAUCCAGCUCCUCAUCAGCACCGACGCCACGGCCCGCGGCAUCGACGUGCAGGGCGUGCAGCUGGUGGUGAACUACGAUGCCCCCCAGUACCUGCGGACCUACGUGCACCGGGUUGGAAGAACUGCCCGCGCCGGAAAAUCCGGACAGGCCUUCACGCUGCUCCUCGAGGUGCAGGAGAGGAGGUUCGUCCGGAUGCUCAGGGAAGGCGGGGUGCCCAGGCUGGAGCGGCACGACACCCCCAGUGAGCUCCUGCAGCCGCUGGUCCCACGGUACCAGGAGGCCUUGUCCCAGCUGGAGAGGGCCGUCAGGGAGGAGCAGAGGCAGAAGGCAGCCUAGGCCGGGGCUCUGCCCUCGUGGUGGGGGAGCCGCCUCCUUUCUGGAAACAUCCCGAGCACCGGUUGCUGGACGCACGAGCAGGAGACGGGGAUUCCUCAGCUGAGCGAGCCUC